AUGUCUGCCAUUGCUGUUGCUGGCGGUACCGGCAACGUUGGCCGAACCAUCGUAGAGACUCUUGCUGAGUCUUCCGAGUACAAAGUCAUCGUACUGGGGCGCAAGAAUAUUCCGACGUUCGCUGUUGACUAUGUUGAUAUCGAUGCAACUGCGGAACUCUUGAGGCAGCAUAAUGUGGUGACAGUCAUUUCCGCUAUUCAAGUGACUGAAGAGACAUCCUCCGCUGCCGAAAUCGGUCUCAUCAAAGCCGCAGAGCAAUCAUCAACUGUCUCUCGAUUCAUCGCUAGCGGCUGGGGAUCGCUCCCAAGCAAGGCAUCCCCUGCGUCGGUUCUCCAGCGAGCUUCGGAAGAUGCACUACGCAGCACCAUGCUUGAAUGGACGCGAUUCUCCGUUGGCAUUUUCAUGGAUUACUAUGGAAUGCCUGCCAUCAAAACACAUCUGCCGCCUAUGUCUUUCGCCGUCGACAUGAAGAGCAGGAAGGCGGCUCUUCCAGGAACGGGUAAUGAACCGGUAGCCUUUAUUUACUCAUACGAUGUGGCCAAAUUUGUUUCCGCAUAUUUGGAUGCGCCCAAGUGGGAAGAGAUUACGUAUGUCUAUGGAGAGAAAACGACUUGGAACGAAUUUAUUAAGGUAGCCUCAGAGGUAACAGGUUCCGCAUUUGAGGUAUCAUAUGAUCCCAUUGAGAAACUGGCCAAGGGCGAAGUAACCGAACUCCCCUCGCACAAAGACGAGCUGGCCAAGUCCCCUUUCCCGGAGCCACUUGCUCGCCAACUGCUGGCUAUUCUGGGCUGCUGGGUCGUUGGAGGGCAAUUCGAUAUUCCUGUUGACAAGGCUCUCAACAAGAGAUUUCCGUCAAUCCGGCCCAUGAGUGUUCGAGACAUGCUACUUGCUCGACAAGACGCCUAG